CUAACUGCUCAACAAGUUUUUUUGUUGGAAAGUAAAUUGUGUUUUGCUAUUUACAAGAUUUACAGAAGUGAACUAUAAUAGGCUGUUUUUGAAGAGUUCGUUUCGAAAGAUGGCCGCGGUAAAGGCAUUUCAAGGUGCUCCAUUUGGAACGCAGAAAUCCCGAUUUGAUGUGUCUGGAGUACAUCCACAGAGUAAAAUGCCUGGAACCUACACACAGGUUUGGUAUGACAACAAAUCAAUGACUCCACUGAAAAGGAAACUUGGACCGGGCACUUAUGCUGUAGAGGUCGGAACAUUCAGUGAGAAUGCUGUAGAUCGUCGAGCCUCUGGGCCGGGAUGGGCAAGGGCAUAUGAGACAGCUCGCAUGGCCGCCUUGCCUCACCUUCUCCAUAAGGAUCAGUGGGAGAAGAAGAAGUUGUUGGUUAGGAAUCUGGGACCAGGCACAUACAAUAUCAAAGACUUUCUUGAGGCAAUGGACAAACAACCAAGGAGUACACGUGGAAUCUGCCAGACCAAAGAAAGGAGAUUCAGAGGAACAGCAACGAGUCAAGUUCCAGGGCCUGGUACGUAUGGUGAGGGCGGUAUACCUCACUCGGCUGUCGAGAAGAAAUCCAAAGUAUCAGCCAGUACUAUAGGUCUACUAGACGCAGGGUCGUCAACGCCAAGACAUCUUCCUUCUGUGGGAUGCGAGUUGGGUCCUGGAACAUAUCAAACUCAAAGCUUCACAGACGAACUUGCCAAGAAAGUCACCAGCGUCAGAGGUCCCUAUGAUCUGUUUACUGGGGACAGGAACGCUACAAUUAAAACAGGACAUCUUGCCAAAACAGGUCAGCAUAAUUUAGGACCUGGUCAGUACAACCUGAAAUCCUUUGCAGGGAAGUGGGACGAUGAACACCACUCAUGGCAGGGAAAAUUCGGCAAACAUUCCCAGUAUCCAGAAAGACCUUCAGAACGCCUCAACUGCUCUACGCUCUCACAGUGGCCUAGAAGUGGGAGUGAACCAGGACCAGGCCAUUACACUGCCAGGGAGUUAACCAGAGUGGAGGGAAAGAAUCUACCGCCAUUUAUUUCCUCAGCUGAGAGAUUUGACAAGCGAGCUCGUAAAUUCUUCACAGGCCAGAAUAAUCCUGUCGGAGCCGGGCGAUACGACUUCCAGCGUCAUGAAGACGCCCAACAUCGAAACGGUCACCAAAGUGUCUUCAACUCCAAAGUCAAACGAGAGAGAAAUACACGAGACAACAUGAUGCAAGAACGAAUCCGAGCGAUAAACCUACGCCCCGAAGAUAAGACGGAUCUGACAGUACAGAAAGGAGAGGACUACAUCAAAGCAAGACGGGUCAUCUAUACGCAACAGUAAUCAAUCUAUAGAAUGUAAAUUGUUAUCACUAGUAAAAGUUUAGUCAAUGUGGAUAGGGGUGUUUGACAAGGGAAGGUUUGGGGGCUACCAUAGGGAAUGGACUGCAAGUCAUUGCCACAAGGAAAGUUCCAUCUUUUAACCGUUUACAUCGAAGGGUACACAAAAGUUGGUGAAUUUCUGUAUAUUCAGCAUUUAAAAUGGCAAGUGCCAUGUGAACAGAGAACAGACAGUGUUUCUAGGGAAAGAAUGCUUCAGUGGUCCACUCAGGCCCGGUUCAUACUUCCUGCGAAUGAGAAUGCGAUACAAAUGUUGACGUCACAAUUGGCAACGAAUUGUUUGCAACAGUUAAACUGUGAUCAUCUGCUGCAAAUUAUUCGCCACCAAAACAGCCAUGUGACGUCGACGCAUUCGCAUCAAGUAUGAACAUGGCCUAAUGCAGAACUGCCAACUCUUUCUGACUCUGCAGAUUAUAAAAUCAACCUCCAAUCUUUCCAUAUUUUGAUGAACAAAUUAAAAAAUUUCCCCGAUUAUGGAAACUUUGUUCCUAAAUGUGUUGAAUGUAAUUAUCAGUGUCUCCCUGAUUGUUGUACACAAUUUCCCUGGAUUGCAAGUUUUAAAUAUUGGCAGCUCUGCUAAUGUAUUAUUCAUGUUUGGAAAAUGAAACCUCAUCCCCCUCCCCUCCUAUCCAGCCAGGUAAACUACUCUAAAAUUAAUAACAACACAAACUGACACUGAAGUGUUACAAAACGUCUUGGGAAAAAAGAUGAGCCUUACUGCCCAGCUGUCAAAGAAAAGUACCUCACAAUAUUGUGUUAGUAAUAAUUUAAUACCUGCAUGAAAUUUCUCUCUCAAAAACAUUAAUCUGUUUUGUAUACAAAUUUAAAAUAAAAUAUCAAUAGGUAAUGUGGCAGUUGUUUGCUCCUCUGAUAUAAACACCAGCUGUUUAUGAUUAUGUUUUUCAUUUUUCAUCAGAGAGAGGCAAAUUUUUAAUUUGUUUUUCAUCCAGAAAAAAAGACGCCUUUCGGUAAAAUAUUUUAGGGUAAAGUGUCAGUUGUUUGCUCCUCUGAUAUAAUCACCCACUGGGAGGAAAAGUUUCAGCUUUUUUUCAGAGAAUGGCAAAUUUUAAUUUUGUUUUUGGUCCAGAAAAAAUUAAUAAUUCCGAUAGGUACCUAGGGAGUUUGAUGCAUGUGUAUGAUGCCCAGACGCGUUACUUAUUUCCUGCAACAGGCAUGAAAUUUGGCCCUUGGAAAAAAUAAUAUGGACUGUUUUGAAUGAACAUAUGGUGUAUACCUACAUGAACAUAUGGUGUAGAAUUUGAUUGGCUUUUCAGGCGUUUUAAUAAGAAAUUGCUUAUUUUUCUGAGGGCAAAAACUAAGAUAGUAACUCAUAUAUAAGUAGGAAGAAUAUCAUGCAAGUUGUGAGGCAGUUUUCUCCCUCAUUAAAAAUCCACCUAUGUGUGCGAAAUUUGACAAUUUCUACAGAAACUUUUGUAUGUGGCGAUUGGAUGCAUUGGCUAGGGGGCAUGAAGGCAAUUGCCACAGUUCUAAGCUAACAAUCUGAAAAAGGGAACAGAAAAUUCUGACAAUUAUUUUGCAAGGGAUGUACUGGCAGGCUCUUAGGCUGAUGUUUGAAGUUAAAAAAAUAAGCAUUAUGCAAUAUCAUGAACAAACUGUGAUUGGAGAUGCAAUAUUUUGUAAAACUAUAUGAAUAUUUAAAAAUGUAAAUAAUGUAUUUAUGGUUGUGUAAUUUACUGCGUAAUCAACUAUUCUAAAGAUUUU